AUGCACGUGUUCGCGCUGGUACUGCUGUCAUUGGUCACCGGGCUGAUGCUCGCUGUGCCAGGACGAGGUGCUAGCAAGUGCUUUGUCACAGACACAGCCCCGACUGUUCCGUUUGGGCUACAGCUGUGCUACAUGCACUCGCACAAUGCGUGCUGCCUCCCUGGCAAUGAUAAAGAUGUUCAGACGGCAUACUCUGCCUUGGUGCCAGAGGGGCAGGGCUGUGUCGCGGGCAGUCAGCGCAUCUACACCUCGCUCUACGCGCUGCGCCAGUAUCUUUGCCUGCCCUGUGAUCCCAAAGAACCCUUGUACCGCUUCGAGAGCGUAAAGGGCGACAUAGUAGACGGUGGCCUCGUUCCGCCGUCCACCAACUCCGUUGCUGGGGAGCAGACGUGGCGCAUUUGCCGUUCCUUCCUCUAUGGCAAAGAGGGCACUCGGGAAGGGCUGUGGGGCGUCGAUGGCUCUCGCUACGCUGAGUGCGGCGUCAUUGUGAGCUCGUGCAUGUCCACCCCCGUCUUCAACAUAACCGCCGCCUCCUUUCAUUCACCGUCGCCUUCGUGCGUAGCGUCGAAUGAACUCAUCAUUCCGUCCAUCACCUUCCGUGGCUCCCCUAACCCGGCACUCGAGAUGCUCUCAAUGGUAACGCAGAGCAUUCCAGAGUUUCAAAUCGUCGUUGUGAACGAUAGCGAUCCAAACUACGACUACGACCAGACGCCGUGCUUCGGGCGUGACGCCACCGCGACAGUCAACUCAGCGACGCUGUGGCGGUGGGUGUCGGUAGUGGCACUCGCGCUGUUACUCUGGUUCUGA